AUGAAAUCACCGCCGGCCUCGAACUUGGUUCAGCGCGCGCGAGGUGACCUGACAACCUCCCGUCUUUGCAGAUUGACCUCUCGCCGUCUGACUUUCCCGCAAGAAGAUUCCGACGCAUCUCUCGUCGCAGGUGGAGGUAGUAGUAGCGGCACUGCCGGUCCGACCACGACCUCUACUUCUCGCAAGAAAUCCAAGUCGCAAUCAAAACCCAAGCCUGACCCUGAGCCGGAUCCUCCCGAAGACGACGAUAACGGCACUACACCUGAUCCAGAGAAUCAACUUGGAAGCCAGACGCUGUCCGGUGGUCCAGGUGGUCCCUGUGGUCCAGGUGGAGGUGGUAAUAAUGACAUAACAUUGAUGACGGUACACUGA